AUGGCGUCGGACAGUGGCAGCGUUCAUUCUGAUUCUAAUGAAGAAAAACGUUUAAAAAAACCCCAAAAAAAACCUUACGCCCUGAAGUAUAUGUCAUCAUGGGAAAAGGAUCCCUUAAUGGAAAAAUGGCUGGCAAGAAGCAAGAUAAAUGAACGUCACUUUCACUGUAAAGUAUGCAAUGCUGACUACACUACUGUUGGUGGGAGAUCAAAUUUGCUCAAGCACAGGAAGUCUUCUAAACACGUACAGCGAGCCACCACUUUGAGGAAACAACCCGUUAUUAAUAAUCAGAGCUUCAAGAGAGAAAGACAGGUAUCGCAUCAGAUAAAGUAUUCCGAAAUCAGAAUCGCAGCAUUCAUGGUAGAGCAUAAUAUUGCCUUGAAUACAGCUGAUCACCUGACAAAAUUGAUUAAAGCUACAAGUCCUGAUUCUGAGGUAGCUAAGGGUAUCAGUUGCAGCAGAACAAAGUGCACUAAAAUAGUGCAAAAUGUCACAGGUUAUAGUCAGUUUGAACAAAUUGUGCAGUGUCUCCAAACAACCAAGUUUUCACUUCUUGUUGAUGAAUCCACAGACGUCAGCGCAACAAAGCACUUGGCACUAGUAGUCAGAUUUUUUAACAAUGGUCGGAUAAAUGAUGUGUUUCUUGCCCUAAUUCCUACACCAAUUGUGACUGCCCAAGCUCUGUAUGAUCACGUUAUCGCUUUUUUCAAAAAGCAUAAUAUCCCAUAUAAAUCGAAAAUGAUUGGUUUUGCAAGUGACGGUGCAAGUAAUAUGUUCGGAACUCAUCACUCUCUGUCCGUCUUGUUGAAAAAAGACACACCGCACUUGUUUUUAAUGAAAUGCAUCUGCCAUUCUUUUGCAUUAUGUGCUAAUUAUGCGUGUGAAAAAUUACCACGUGUAAUCGAAGAUAUCGCCAGAGAUGUAUUCAACUAUAUCCAACAUAGUUACAAGAGGCUCUCUGUGCUUAAACAAUUCCAAGAGUUCUUGGGCCUGAAGCCUCACAAACUUCUUCACCCUUCACAAACCAGGUGGCUUUCAUUGCUACAAGUAGUGAAAAGAUUGCUCGAACAGUACGAUGCGCUCAUUUUGUUCUUUACUGAUGCAGUUUAUGAGGAUAAAGUUCUAGCAGCAGACAUGAUUUUAAGCAGAUUAAAAGAAAAGUAUGCUAAAAUUUACCUCCAAUUCUUGGAAUAUGUACUGCCAUAUUUUACCAACCUAAAUCUUGAAAUGCAGUCGGAGGAAACAAAAAUCCAUCAACUCUAUUCACGUGUGUCUACGGUAUACAAGACGCUGCUGAACUGCUUCCUUAAGAGUGACUAUGUUAGAAACACUGCUGUAGAAAGAAUUGUGUUUGAUAAUCCGCAUAAUUUCGUUGUGAUAGAAGAGGUCUACCUUGGUGCAAAAGUUACUGCGUCCAUAUCAAAUGGUUCUCAUGGACUAAGUUUGGAACAACUUUCAGAUUUCCGUCUCAGAUGUCUCCAAUUUUACAUUGAAGCCUGCAAACAACUGGUCAAGCGGUUCAAUUUCCAAGACCCUAAUCUCCAAGUGUUCAAAGAAUUAGGCUUCUUAGAUCCGACGCAAAUGAGGUCACACAACUCCAUCGCUCCUCUUGCAUAA